UAGCCGAGCGUUGAGACACACUUCAUUGGUGGUAUAGCUGACUUUUGAAUCUAGUGCCAAGCCAUGACAGAUACAAACAUUGUUACUCCAAAUUCCAGUUCACUUUAUUCCGCACGACUUCCAUGAACUUCUGAACAGACGGCUAAAAUUCGAACAGCGCAGAAAGUUUCUUGAAAUCGCCUACGCCUUUUCUUUUUGCUGCAAGAACACUUGAAUUAUAUCACAAGUAAAUAAGAAAGGUUUCGCAACUACCGACUGUUUUCGCGUCCAGUUGGUACCCAGGCAACACUAUGCUGCCCGAAAUACUUCAUAUGGUGAUGAUUGUGGCCACCGUGACCUCGACAAUGUCGAUCCAAGUAGUAGGAUCGGUUUGGACCCCAUCGACCGGCAAAUGCCUCACUGACGAACAACUAGCGGCGGUAGGGCUCAACACGGUGCAAAAACCAGCGCGUUCAUUUUUGCACGACAAUAAAGCAGUGGAACUGAGACUGGAAGCAUCAGAUAGAGUCACUCACCAACUAUCGACUGCCGUAUUUGCCAUAUUCAUCCGGGAAGUGCUCGGCUACCGCAGCGUCACCAUAACCAAGCGGCGAGACGCUUUCAAUGUGUCGGCUGUGCUGACACGUAUGACAGGAUGCUCCAAUCCUAUAAAUUGUGAUUCGGCCGAGUUGCAGUCGGAAUCCUUCGUGCCGGAAACCAUGAUCAACUUGGAAGUUUGGGUCCCACUCGGAUACAACAUGGAGCAAUGGUCGGCUUCCGGUAACUUGGAAGAGUGCGGCUUAUUGGGACCUGGUGGAAGGUUCGGAUGGUUCAUGCCCGAGUGGACGAGCCAUCGUAUUCCGAUUGCCGAUCACUGGCGAAGUCUUCAAGACCCGAAGAUCGCAUCGCAUUUUGACGUCGACAUCCAAGAGAUGAGUCAAUUGGCCGAAUUCACAAAGGAUCCCUCCACCGGAAGGUACUAUUGCGAUGCCAAUUAUUGCGACAAUGGCGUUUUCUAUCCUGAUUAUUGCCGCCCAGACAUUUAUGGAAAUAUUCCACCGUGUGCCGUCCUUUUAGCUGAAUAUCCAGAUUACAUGGGUUUUUUGAUCAAACAAAUUCCCUCACUUAAACUACUGGUGAAAGUCGUGUGGCUCGGCCCCAAUGCCGAUCGAAUUGUUCGUGAUUUCGUCAGUGACGCCAAGCGACGCAAGUCCGGACGUUCCAUCAUGUUUUUCGCAUGGCGUCCGAGCACCAUUACCGAGAGCGAUGAUUUCCUCAGCUUGUCUUUCCCACAAUGUGAAACUUUGUCAACGCCCGAUAGCGACAUGAAAUGUGCUUACGAGUUCCAGCGCUUCGAAAAGGUCGCCUGGUCCUAUCUUAAGAAGGGCGCCAAGCUCGUCUUCGAGGCUCUUCAGCGAGUCUUCUUCACCCAGGAAGAGUACACGGCAAUGUUGCGAUUAUACAAUAAAAGACAGGAAGAAGAAUCGCAGGUGGACAAAAUUGCGUGCGACUGGAUGAAAGAGAACCCGCAAGUUUGGUCGCAAUGGAAACCUUCCGAUUUAAACGUUAAAAUGGAGCUGUACAUCGGUGGGAUCUUCCCUAUCAGCGGACCGUCGUAUAAGAGCGGACCCGGAAUGGUGCCAGCUGCCCAAAUGGCCGUUGACGCCAUCAAUCGAAACGAAACCAUCCUGAGGGACUACGAUCUGAAAUUGCUCGUCGCCGAUGGCCAGUGCUCAGCCGACAUGGUCAUGAAGAGUUUCAUUGAUUAUCUGCGCUUCAAACAUUUUAACCACAUGGUUGGCAUUCUGGGUCCGGCAUGUUCCGAAACAGUGGAAUCCGUGGCGGGAGUUUCAAAACGUUUUAAAACUAUCGCCAUUAGUUACAGCGCUCAAGGAUCGAGUUUCUCCGAUCGGGAUAAGUUUCCUUAUUUCUUCCGCACGAUCGGCGAGACGGGCCAAUUCAAAUACGUCUUUUUAACUCUGCUCCAACAACUUGGCUGGAAACGUGUGGGCGCUUUGAUGAGCGACGGCAAAAAAUACUCUGAUUACGUGACAACUGUGCAAGAUUACGCAGAAAGUAACAAAAUCACGUUUGUUACUACCCGUAAAAUAACGAGCAGCUCUUCUCUCGAGUAUUUAAAGGAUCUCAAAGCAAAAAGAGUCAAGAUCAUCGUCGGCGAAUUCGAUGAAGAACGGGCUUGCGAAGUCAUGUGUCAGGCCUACAGACUCAACAUGACGGCCAGGGAGGGCUACAUCUGGUUUUUACCAAAUUUCAAUUCUGAACUCUUUCAGAGUUUCAAGCCUCUUUGGUACGAUGUCGACCGACGUAUCAAUCAAUCAAAUCGAAGUUUGGAAGCUAUUCCGUGUUCUACCGAGCAAAUCAUUCGGGCGAUUGAUGGCCACUUUUACAUGACGUAUUCGAGCUACGCUCCCAACGAGAGCAUCAUGCAAGAAGGGACCAAUGUCAGUGACUGGCGACGUCGCUACGAAUUUCAGUGCGCCCGAUUCAACACUUCAACUUCGGAAUACGCCAGCUACAUUUACGAUUCCGUGUGGACCUACGCUUUGGCUUUGGACAAACUAUUGACGGGCAACGAAUCCCUGGCAGCCGACUUCCAUACCGAUCACACUACCGAGAGCCUGAGAAGAAUCAUCAACGAGACGGAUUUCGUUGGCGUUUCCGGAAGACUGAGAUUUACUGGCGGGCUGUCUCGCCAUUCUGAUAUCCAAGUCUUUCAAUGGAUCAACAAGUCAAGUGAGCUUCUGGGCAGAUUCCUGCCCGUCGUGCGUUCAAAAUCCUCAAAAUUUGCAACGGGGCAUUCAAACUUCAAUAAAUCGCUCAUCAAGUGGCUGACAUGGGACGGAAAGCAGCCGGUCGACGACCCAGAACCUGGAACCAAUGUUUGCGUUUUGGAAGGAUUGGCACAUUUGUUAAAUGUCGAAUGCGAAGCCGCCAUUGUCGUCGCCAACAUUUUGGGUUUCGGGGUGUUCGCCGGCUGCCUUGUCUGUUUCUUCUUCGUUUUCAAGCGCCGCUACGAACGCAAAGUGGAACAGACGGAAGAAAGAAUGCGUGCGCUCGGACUUCUGUCUUCCGGCACACUUCUAACACUCGACGAAUGGGAAAUACCGCGUGAAAGGAUCGUCAUCAACCGCAAGUUGGGCGAAGGCGCUUUCGGGACUGUCUACGGUGGCGAAGCCUUCUUCGAUGACAAAGGAUGGGUUGCUGUGGCCGUCAAAACACUCAAAGUGGGUUCAACUGUCGAAGAGAAAUUGGACUUUCUCAGUGAAGCCGAAAUGAUGAAGCGCUUCAAUCACAAAAAUAUCGUCCGCUUAUUGGGUGUUUGUACGCGUAACGAACCCGUUUACACAGUCAUGGAAUUCAUUCUCUACGGCGAUUUAAAAACUUAUUUGCUGGCUCGACGUCAUUUGGUGUACGAAAAAAGCCGCGAAGAUUCGGACGAAAUCUCCGGCCGCCGGUUGACGGCCAUCGCCCUAGACGUAGCUAAAGCUUUGAGCUAUUUGGCCGAACUCAAAUACGUCCAUCGGGACGUCGCAUGUCGAAACUGUCUAGUGAACUCGAAUCGCGUUGCAAAGCUUGCUGAUUUCGGGAUGGCACGUCCCAUGUACGAAAACGAUUACUACCGCUUCCAUCGCAAAGGCAUGUUACCCGUGAGGUGGAUGGCGCCAGAAAGCUUAGUAGACGGUCUGUUCACGCCAAUGACUGACAUUUGGUCUUACGGUGUCCUACUCUACGAGAUAAUCACAUUUGGUAGCUUCCCAUUCCAAGGAAUGAGCAACAACCAAGUACUGGGACACAUUAAAAAUGGAUUGACCAUCGACAUCCCAGAUGGAGUUAAACCUCAAUUGGAAACUCUAUUAAAAUCGUGUUGGCAUCGGACACCAUCCCUAAGACCUCAGGCGGCCGAAGUGGUCGAAUUACUGACCAAUAACACCCGGUUGAUUCAGCCAUGUGUAGGCAUCCCGUUAUCAUCAAUCCAGAUAGAGGGGAGCAAUUCUUUAGAAUUACAAUUACCCGCUGCCGUCACCGUCCAUGGCUGUCAAGUACGUAAAUCGAAUUCCGGCGGUAAUAACAAGUUGGGUUCCAGCAGUUUGGCCAGCAAGUUAGCCAACUUGGAUCUUUCCCUGGGCAGUGGGGGCGGAUCUGCCAACAAUAGUGACAGCCUACUCUGUGACCCACUAUUGAUGAACCCCUAUCCCGCAUCUCACUUUGUUACGCAGUACAUCACGCUUCAACACAGGACUUCAGGCGAACAUAUAUACAUAGGGGAAACACGCGAAAAUGGCUCCAGUCAAGUUUGAAUGGAAUUUAAUAAGCAGCGUGUGUUUAACUGAUUAUUUAAUACCUUCCAAGUUAUGUCUAAAUUUGUAUACUCCGUAAGCCCGCCUAAAGAAGUAAAUUAUCGACUGUAUGUGACGCACGUCUAUUAUUCUUGUUUCUUUUUCAAUGUUUGCAACACAUACAAUUGGGCAGCAAUCCGCGAAUCGAUACACGAGGCCCAGCAAUGUCUACGUAAUAACUGUUGCUGAUGAAUAUACGCAUUGUUCAAACGA